AUGGCCGAAUCUCCUGGUGCAGAAGAGCAGGCCACGCUACCAACUGCCGAACUAGUCAAAAUCGACAGCCACAUAAGCCUACUCCCGCCGCUAUCACGGCGAGGCUACGGCCCAGGCCUGAUCAUUGUUCUGCCCGACGAUACCCCAACAUAUACUGACGGCGGCACGGUGUGUGAGGACGGCAUACCACCUCCACUGCUAAAAUGGGCAGAAGAAGGAUUCGCCGUUUUGGAAAUUCGCGAAGCCGCAUUGCGCGAUACCAACUCUGUGCAGAACGUAGUCGACAAGGCCGUGGCUGCCCUUGAGCAAUGCAAGCAAUGCCGCUCCGACGGCGGCAUUGGAAUGAUCGUCUACGAUUCCUCCAUCUGGAACACGUACUUGAAAACAACGACGCUCGACCCAAAGGUAAAAGCCGUGGUUAUUUACGGCGGAGACAACGACAGGAGCAGCGAUGACAAUGUAUCUAUCCCCAAACUGCAACAUACCACACCUCGAAGUCAAAUGGCAGCGAAAGCAACCAACAGCAUUAACCACAUCUACCGGACAGCGAGGUCUUCCAAAUUCGCCAUUCCCCGCCACACCGACUUCGACAGCGUCAACGAGUCCAUCGCCCACACGCGGAACCUCACCUUUUUGAAAAAGUACAUUCGCGGCGCAGACUUUGAUCUAGAACAGAUCUGGGAAGAACAUACUUAUUUCGAAUUUGUGGUGCGGUCUGUGCCUGAGACUAUGGCGACCAUGGUACAGGAGCCAUAUGUCAAUCAUAUCCCUACGAUGACAGGAGGCAUCGGCCGAGAAAGACUGACCAACUUCUACCGACAUCACUUCAUAUACAACAAUCCCGAAGACACGUCCAUGACGCCCGUAAGCAGGACGGUGGGCAUCGAUCGGAUCUGUGAUGAAUUCAUUUUCAAUUUCACGCAUGAUAAACAGAUGGACUGGAUUCUUCCAGGUAUUCCGCCCACGGGGCGCAGGGUAGAAGUACCCUUCACAUCGGUGGUUUGUGUGCGCGGCGACCGGUUGUACCAUGAGCAUAUUUCCUGGGACCAAGCUUCCGUGCUUGUUCAGCUGGGUUUGAUCCCUGAGUAUCUGCCGUAUCCUUACCCGCUUCCAGAUGGAACCAAACCGGGUCCAGGUAAGAGGUUUGAAUAUCGGGUGCCGGCUGCGGGGAGGGAGACGUCGGUCAAAAUGCUUGAUAAAAAUGCCGUGCCGUCGAAUGGAAUGUUUGAAUACGAAAUUCGAGAAGUGGAUGAUGUUUGA